GACACGGCAAACAAAAUGGAGAUAGCAGCCAUUUAUGAUAAUUAUAUGCACAGCAGUAAGGACACACUUGGACUUCAAAUACCGAAUCAAAGUCAGGAUGAAAGAAAAGCUCAACAAAGCAGAGGCACCAGAUGUAUGUUGUUGGUGUUGAUUAUCCUGGGGUUCGUUUGUGCUCUUCUGCUGCUCUUCAUCACACUGCAGCACAUCAGCAUCACAGCAGAGAGAGACUCCCUGAGUCUGGAGACCAAAGUGAAUGAUCUCAAUGGUGAGAAAAACCAGUUACAGAACAACACCAACUCUCUGAAUCAGACAAAACUGCAGAUGGAACCCAGAGUCAAUGAUCUUAAUGGUCAGAACAACCAGUUAAAGAACACCUCCUACUCACUGAAUCAGAAAAAUCUGGAGCUGGAGACCAUUGUCAAUGAUCUCAAUGGUCGGAUCAGCCAGUUACAGAACAACUCCAACUCUCUGAAUCAGAAGAAUCUGGAGCUGGAGACCAGAGUCAAUGAUCUCAAUGGUCAGAUCAACCAGUUACAGAACAACUCCAACUCACUGAAUCAGACGAAACUGCAGCUGGAGACCAGAGUGAAUGACCUCAAUGCUGAGAACAACCAGCUAAAGAACAACUCCAACUCACUGAAUCAGACGAAACUUCAGCUGGAGACCAGAGUCAAUGACCUCAAUGCUGAGAACAACCAGCUAAAGAACAACUCCAACUCACUGAAUCAGAUGAAACUGCAGCUGGAGACCAGAGUCAAUGACCUCAAUGGUCAGAUCAACCAGUUACAGAGCAACUCCAACUCACUUAAUCAGACGAAACUGCAGCUGGAGACCAGAGUCAAUGAUCUCAAUGCUCAGAACAACCAGCUAAAGAACAACUCCAACUCACUGAAUCAGAUGAAACUGCAGCUGGAGACCAGAGUCAAUGAUCUUAAUGGUCAGAUCAACCAGUUACAGAACAACUCCAACUCACUGAACCUGACGAAACUUCAGCUGGAGACCAGAGUCAAUGACCUCAAUGCUGAGAACAACCAGCUAAAGAACAACUCCAACUCACUGAAUCAGAUGAAACUGCAGCUGGAGACCAGAGUCAAUGACCUCAAUGGUCAGAUCAACCAGUUACAGAACAACUCCAACUCACUGAAUCUGAUGAAACUGCAGCUAGAGACCAGAGUCAAUGACCUCAAUGCUCAGAACAACCAGCUUAAGAACAACUCCAACUCACUGAAUCUGAUGAAACUGCAGUUGGAGAACAAAGUCAAUGAUCUCAAUGCUCAGAACAACCAGUUACAGAACAACUCCAACUCUUUGAAUCAGGCGAAACUUCAGCUGGAGACCAGAGUCAAUGACCUCAAUGCUGAGAACAACCAGCUAAAGAACAACUCCAACUCACUGAAUCAGAUGAAACUGCAGCUGGAGACCAGAGUCAAUGACCUCAAUGGUCAGAUCAACCAGUUACAGAACAACUCCAACUCACUGAAUCUGACGAAACUGCAGCUAGAGACCAGAGUCAAUGACCUCAAUGCUCAGAACAACCAGCUUAAGAACAACUCCAACUCACUGAAUCUGAUGAAACUGCAGUUGGAGAACAAAGUCAAUGAUCUCAAUGCUCAGAACAACCAGUUACAGAACAACUCCAACUCUUUGAAUCAGGCGAAACUGCAGCUGGAGACCAGAGUCAAGGAUCUCAGUGCUGAGAAAAACCAGUUGCAGAACAACUUCAACUCUCUGAACCAGAAGAAUCUGGAGUUAGAAAUCAGAAUCAGAUCAUUGAGUGAUGAACUGAAUGGAACUAAUUCUAAACAAGUUUUGUUUUUCACUGCGCUGAUGAGCUGGUCUGACAGCAGGCAGUACUGCAGGGAUCGUGGAGCUGAUCUGGUCAUUAUUAAGAGUGAAGAAAAGCAGAGGUUCAUAUCUUCAUUAGUCAAGGAGAGAGUAUGGAUUGGUCUGAAUGAUAUCAUGAUCGAGGGCACCAUGAAGUGGGUGGACAAUUCACCACUGAAUCAACCGUUUUGGAUGAAAGGUGAGCCGAAUGAUCAAGGUGGAAAUGAAGACUGUAUUGAACUGAUGCCUACAGAACCUGUCCUGAACUGGAAUGAUCUGUUAUGCUCAGAGCAUAGAAAAGGCGUUUGUGAGAAAUAGAUUCCUCGCAUCUUGUUGUGGGUUUACUGUCAUUGUAUUUUUCUUUAAUGAUUCUGAAAGUGACGUGUGACCAGGAAUAGUGAACCAUUAAAACAGUUUGCGACUUUAAUUUGAAAUAACCUGCUUUCAUUAUUUCAUUUCUAUUUUUUUCCUGUAAUAUGCCAUAUCAGGUUAAUCAGAUAUAUACUGAGCUAUCAUAAUAUUCU